GUCACCAUGUGAGUGCUGGAAAUCAAACCUGGGUCUUCUGAAAGAGCAGUCAGUGCUCUUAACUGCCUACAGCCAUCUCUUCAACCCCACGCAUGGGCUUCUUAAGAACCUGUGAGAUCCUCUGUGACCAGGGCCAGAAGGGAUAUGUUCACACUGUCCGGGGGCCUUGGGGAACCUCCUAAGAGAAACACUGAGCCUCUUGCCCUGUGGGAUUGCCCGUUGGAAUGCAGGCUGCCUUUGCUUCAUGGAGAGAGCCCCCCCCCCCGCCCUAGCCGUUCUGCAGGUAGUGUCCCCUACUAGGUAGGUAGUCACUCCUGCCUGUCAUUUGUCAUGUGCUUUUUCCAGGCCACUGAGUAUUAUCAGGCUUGGGGUACUCGGCUCCUUCCAGUCCAGACAGCCCCAAGACUACCUUGGCCAUCUCCCCACUCCAGCACAGCACAAGCUGACUUUCCCAGCUCUGCUUUACUGGUUCCUUCUCUGAGGAUCGUAGUUGUGACUUUGUGAUCCAAAAUGAAUCCCAAGGCAUGGUCACCUUCCUCUCAAUGCCCCUCGGCAGGAGCUUGCCAUAAAGGAUGUGGCUGCCUCUGCCAGAGACUGUUCAGUUUUCCCACCUUUGAAGUCAGGCUGUCUGCAGGGUGAACUGUGGUUGUCUCAAAGACUUCAUUCUGAAGCCAGAAAUACCAGCAUCUCUGAAAUGUGACAGCACGGGAAGUUAGGGCAGGGGGCACUUGCUCUUUCAUGUCCCAGAAGUGAAAAGUGGCCUGCAGCUACGGGAUGCCUGGGCAUCAUGUGGCUUUAGGGGCCAGCCAUGGCUCAGCCCACGCCAUCAGACUUGGGAUAAGGCCCAUGUUGUAGGAGGCAGACAGCUGGAAUGAAUGUGGCAGUGUGAGCCCUCUGAGGCUGAGGACACUCAGGACACCCAGAGUCCUGUCUCAUCCUGUAUGCCUGUAACAGUACACCUGAAGGCAUGAACACAGUUUGUUCACCAGUUUGAAAAACGGUUUGGCCAGAUCUACUAAAUCUAAAGAUAGACCUCGUGCCUGCAUUCCAUUGGUUGGUAACAUUCAACAUAAGCACAUGCCUGCGUGUGUCGAUGAUGUCCAGCAAGACCUGCCAACAGCACUCAUCAGGAUAAGGUUGGCCACAAGCUGCCAAGUGUCCUGCAUGACUCACAUGAUAAGACACCGCAACCUGAAUGCUUUAGUUACCCGGAUAGCAAGGUGACUCUUGGUGUGAACACAGAGUAUAAACUGAAAGAUGCCAUGCCGUGUAAUGUUCCACGAUCAACAAAACUGAUAGUGCUAAGGCCCAACACAACUGAUAUAAAUUGUAUUUUAUUUAUUGAUUUGGGAAUGUAGUCCUGACCAUGCUCUAACAUUUGUUGGUGGAUGCUCACAUAGUUCAUGUGGACUUCCACAGUGGCUGUUGUAUAUGGGCACCUUAUGACCAGAAAGUGCCAAGGCAGGCGAGAGAAAGAGCAGACGUCUAGCCGGUGCACACCUUUAAUACGAGCACUGGCAGCAAAUCGCUGUCCGGGACCAGCCUACUCUACCUGCGCUACCCCGCGAAUUCCAGGCCAGCCAGGGUUCCAUAAUAGUGAGAGCCUGUCUCAGAAAAACAAGAAUGGGCUUUUAACACUAGUAUCACAAACGCUUUAAGUGCAGUCGGGCUAAUUCCUGCCUCUAAUUCCACUGCUGGCUUUCUUAUUUUCUUCACCUGCAUGGAAGGUUGUGCUGAUGAGAAAGCUGCGGGUGCCAUGGAGAAAGCCCAGCAGCGGCUAGAGGUGGGCUGGGGUGGGUUGGCACCACCCCUGCCUGCUGUCCUGACCACUGAAUAGUCACAUGCCCAGCUACUGCCCACAGAGUCUACUCUGAUGUAGUUCCUGGCUCCAGGGCUGCCAUGUGCUCCACAGAGGAAAUGGGACUUCUGGGAGGAAGGGUUGUACCCUGGGGAGAGGAGGGAUUCGGGAGUGUCAGAGAGGCCAUAACUAAAGAAUGCUAGUGGAUAGCCCCAGGCUCCCCUCUACUCAGCUCCCAGGAAGUGACAAGCUUCCUGCCACACCCAGAACUGUAGCUAAAGGAGGCUUUAGCAAUCUUGGGGCCUUGAAGGAUAUGGAGAGUCGUUAACCCUGCUGUCAUUGAUUCUCAAAGUUCUCCGUUCAGCCUUGAAUUCAAGCUACCUUGACCUCCGUAGCUGAGUUAAUAAUGCUCUAUGUACACAUCCCCCAUUUCAGAUAGAAGUGUCACUGCCCCUGACAUGGUGGUGAGGGUGGGAGUCGGGGUGCCCAGUUCACAACCCGUGACUGUGCCCGAGGCAGAGCAGCAUGAGAGGGAGGAGGUCGAAGACAGCUCAAGAAAGUGGCGCAGAGAUAGGUUUGGAGGUUUAGGUAGGGCUACACAGGGCAGGUCCUGGUGAGACUGGAUGCCUGGAAGGGAUUUGGUGAGUCUACGGGGGCUUUGAACACAAAGGGAAACGCAGUACCCUGUGCUGGAGUCUGGAGCCAGGUUCUCCAGUUUCUGGGUGCUGCUUAUGCCCCCUAGAGGCAGUCCAGGGUGCUGGGGCACAUGCCCAUCAUGUGGCCACCCUGAGGAGGAGGGGUGAGUUAAAAGAUUCAGAGAAAGGCUCCAUUCUUCCCCCGACCUCAGCCCACCCUGGCUUGGGGGAGGCAGGGGACCAAGAAACUGGGAGGUGCUAAGUUUAGCAAUGUCUCUAUCCGAGUCACUUCCCAGGAGGAGGCAGCGAGGGCAGCAGAAGGCUGGGCUCCUUUACACAGGUAGCGAGACUUCAUGAGCAGAGCUCAGGGUCUCAGCCAGGAAGCGUCUAGACUCUGCCUGUGCCAUGCGAAGGCUGACCUGUCCGGCCGGAAAGAGGGCAAGUGUGAAGGAAAGUUGGAGAGCGCCCAGAUGGAAAGAGGCAGGGUGUGAGGAGCGUCAGAGACCCCUGAUGACACCAUGAGCCCAACAGGACACUGGGAGGCUGAUACCACCUGGAGCUGAAGGCUCCCCUGACUGCUUCCUACUUCCUGGACAAGACUAUGCCCACUCAGGGACCCCAGAAGAGGCUUCUGGGUUCUCUCAACUCCACCUCCACAGCCACCCCUCACCUUGGACUGGCCACCAACCAGACAGGGCCUUGGUGCCUGCAGGUGUCUAUCCCAGAUGGCCUCUUCCUCAGCCUGGGGCUGGUGAGUCUGGUGGAGAACGUGCUGGUCGUGAUAGCUAUCACCAAAAACCGCAACCUGCACUCACCCAUGUAUUGCUUCAUCUGCUGUCUGGCCCUGUCUGACCUGAUGGUGGGUAUAAGCAUCGUGCUGGAGACUGCUAUCAUCCUGCUCCUGGAGGCGGGGGCCCUGGUGACGCGGGCUGCCUUGGUGCAGCAGCUGGACAAUGUCAUGGAUGUGCUCAUCUGUGGCUCCAUGGUGUCCAGCCUGUGCUUCCUCGGUGUCAUCGCCAUAGACCGCUACAUCUCCAUCUUCUACGCCCUGCGUUACCACAGCAUCGUGACACUGCCCCGGGCACGACGGGCCAUCGCGGGCAUCUGGGUGGCCAGCGUCUCCUUCAGCACCCUCUUUAUCACCUACUACAAUCACACAGCCGUCCUCAUCUGCCUUGUCACUUUCUUCCUCGCGAUGCUGGCACUCAUGGCCAUUCUGUAUGUCCACAUGCUCACUCGAGCAUGCCAGCAUGCACAGGGGAUCGCCCGGCUCCACAAGAGGCAGCGCUCCGCCCGCCAAGGCUUCUGCCUUAAGGGUGCCGCCACCCUCACUAUCCUUCUGGGAAUUUUCUUCCUAUGCUGGGGCCCCUUCUUCCUGCAUCUCUUACUCAUCGUCCUCUGCCCUCAGCACCCCACCUGCAGCUGCAUCUUUAAGAACUUCAACCUCUUCCUCGUUCUCAUCAUCUUCAGCUCCAUCGUUGACCCCCUCAUCUAUGCUUUUCGCAGUCAGGAGCUCCGCAUGACACUCAGGGAGGUGCUGCUGUGCUCAUGGUGAGCAGGGAGGUGGCUUUUGUUCUCGUGGCCAGGGCGCUGGGCAGAGGGUGACAGUGAUAUCCCGUGGGCCCGCAUCCUGCAAGACCACAGGUACUGGUCUCUAUUUGUCCAAGGGCGCAUUAGAUGAACUUUAAAAUAGAAACACAAACUGCCUGGGGCCAGGAGGAAGGGUAAAUGUGACUGCAGGAUCAUCCAGGGUAGCUGUGGGGAAUGAAAGAAACGGGAUGGGAAUUCUAGCUCCAGGCAAGGGUCAGGUCACGGGCUCCUGAAGAGACUGCCCCUACCUCUGGGGAGCUUCACCUCUACUCAGUGACUAGCCCCCCCCCCCCCCAACUCCUCAGGUCACUCAGGCGGGCCCUCUACUGCCGGGAUGAACAGGAAGUUUCUGAAUUAAAAGAAUGACAAGAGCCGUGAAGGAGCCCUGCUCCUGGUGAGGGCUUCUGAAAGGGGAAUUUGUGACCAGGAAAUCCAGCCAUAGCCGUGCAGUAGGCUGUUUAAGCAAGCGAGGCCCUUCCUCAAUAAAGGGACCAGCAUUGCAGAACAUGCAUCUAGCACUAGAGGAAUGGGACUGACCUAAAGACUAGUCAUAUGGUUCAUGGCAAUCCCGAGAGGUGGGACCUCUAGCCUCGGUAGAGGCCAUUGGCUUAUUAGUGGCACAACCUGUGGCUCUGAGCCAGAAAGCCAUUGAAAUGCUAAGUUCAGAUGGAGCCUCAUCACUAUCUUCCCUAGCUCUGUCUGGAAGUUGCUUCAGGUUUGACUGGGAGAAGGGUAAGGACAGCAGUCAGGAAGAAGGGAGUCUCAGAAGCCACAGCUGCCUGCCUGAAUUAGGAAUUCACGGUCCGGAAGCACACCAAACACCCUAAUCAGGCCAACUUGGCUUCCUCUGUAUUACAAAUGCCAGAACAGAGCAAGGAGCUGCAGGUUGAGAAGCCUCAACUUUACCUCUCUGGUGACAAGACUCUUCAGGCUCCUUCCAGUUCAGCCAUACACUGCCGCAGGACCAGAGUCCCAGCCCCUGGUAGGGCCCACCUGUAACCUCGGCCAGAGCUUGCCCCUUUCCUGGCCUCAUUCCUCCAACACCUUCAGCCAUGGCACCACUGAGCUACCCUGAGGAGCCUGCAGCAUAGCAGAGGUCAGGGGUUGGGGGUCUGUUUCUAUUCAACAUUGCCCUCCUGGGAGAGGCUGGCAGUGUCAGUGCUCUUAGACUGGCUCUCAGGAUAGAGGAUGGUGUCUAGGAGCUCGAGGGUAUCUGAAUCCCAGGGAGUGGCACAUGGGGUGAGCCACAGUUCUUGCUGUGGAACGGCAGACUCCCCAAGCCCUUCUACUGCUACAACCUGGAAUUCCUACUGCAGAGUCUAUAUUGGGUCCCCCACCGAUGCUAAGCACUCAACUGUCCUCCUCCCUGGGGUGACCUCAGUCUGGCCUAAUAUGCCCUCAACCACCUCUGAGACAGGGCGUGGUGGCAUCAAGCCAGACUGUAGCCGCACUAUCAGCUCCAGCCUUGCUGGACUGAGGUUGGAAGCUGGUUCCCGGCAAGGCCAGCCUUUGCUGGAAGACAGGACCGUGAGUCAGCCUUUAUCCUGGCACCAUAGCUCUCUGGGGACACGGGGAGCUGGCCUGGCCUGAUGUCAUCUGACAGGGAGGCAGCCCAGGCCUCCGAAUGCUUCCAGGCAUCUUCCCUGUCCAGACAAGGAGACAGAGCCAGAUGCUCACCCAGGACUUCUUGAACCAGGCCAGCUGGAAACCAGCUACAAAAAGCCACAUCAUGGAAACACUGUGGGGGAGGAGCAUCUCUUGAGAACAAAAGACCCACUUCUAAACUCAGCGAACUCAGAAGCUUAUCCUCAGAGAGGAGCUGUACACAGCCACUGUAUCCAGCACACGCCCGUGCAAACUGGACAAAGGCACCAGCAGAUUGUUUUUAGCUGAUCUUGUGAAAUGAAUGUUUUUGGACCAUCCAUGUGUGGUAGUACUGUCUCAAACUCUUCCAGAACUUUUGCCAUUGAAAGAUCAAAAAGUCCCCACGAGGUGUCA